ACACCAGCCCUCAGUCACUGGGAGAAGGACCUCUCAUACACUCGUUCCCUAGGUGCUCUAGCCCCUGGUUCACUCGGCCAGACUCGCCAUGUGUGAAGAGGAGACAACUGCGCUCGUGUGUGACAAUGGCUCUGGCCUGUGCAAGGCUGGCUUUGCAGGAGAUGACGCCCCCCGGGCUGUCUUUCCUUCCAUUGUGGGUCGUCCUCGCCACCAGGGUGUAAUGGUGGGAAUGGGCCAGAAAGACAGCUACGUGGGGGACGAGGCUCAGAGCAAGCGAGGGAUCCUAACUCUCAAAUACCCCAUUGAACACGGCAUCAUCACCAACUGGGAUGACAUGGAGAAGAUCUGGCACCACUCCUUCUACAAUGAGCUGCGGGUAGCACCUGAGGAGCACCCCACCCUGCUCACGGAGGCCCCCCUAAAUCCCAAGGCCAACAGGGAGAAGAUGACCCAGUACCUCUUAGGCAUUGUCCUGGAUUCAGGGGACGGUGUCACCCACAAUGUCCCGAUCUACGAGGGCUACGCACUGCCCCAUGCCAUCAUGCGCCUUGAUCUGGCUGGCCGCGACCUCACAGACUACCUCAUGAAGAUCCUCACAGAGAGAGGCUAUUCUUUUGUGACCACAGCCGAGCGAGAAAUCGUGCGAGACAUCAAGGAGAAGCUGUGCUAUGUGGCCCUGGACUUUGAGAAUGAGAUGGCCACGGCAGCCUCCUCUUCCUCCCUGGAGAAGAGCUACGAGCUGCCAGAUGGGCAGGUCAUCACUAUUGGCAAUGAGCGCUUCCGCUGCCCCGAGACCCUCUUCCAGCCCUCCUUCAUUGGCAUGGAGUCAGCUGGAAUUCAUGAAACAACCUACAAUUCCAUCAUGAAGUGUGACAUUGACAUCCGCAAGGAUUUAUACGCCAACAAUGUCCUCUCUGGGGGUACAACCAUGUACCCCGGCAUUGCUGACAGAAUGCAGAAGGAGAUCACAGCCCUGGCCCCCAGUACCAUGAAGAUCAAGAUUAUUGCUCCCCCAGAGCGGAAGUACUCAGUCUGGAUCGGAGGCUCCAUCCUGGCCUCUCUCUCCACCUUCCAGCAGAUGUGGAUCAGCAAGCCAGAGUAUGAUGAGGCAGGGCCCUCCAUCGUCCACAGGAAGUGCUUCUAAAGUCAGAACAGGUUCUCUGGGGGUCUCCUUGAGACUGCUCUGUUAACAAUCAUGAAACAUUAAAACCUAC